CGGUCAGACCCGGCCCUGGGGCUUAUCACUGUUACAGUUUUGGACUGGGCAAAGGACAGACCAGAAGGACUGGCAUUUUGGAAAAGCCUCCAUUGUGUGCUGAGGAGUUGUGUACAUAUUCAUCAUGAAGAAAGUGCUGAUCAUAGGAUCAGGUUUUGUUGGUUCUUCCCUGGCGGCUUCCCUGAAGAGUGCAGGAGUCCAGGUGUACUGUACCCGGCGGCAGAGGGGAGAGGAGGGGACCGGUACCAGCCAGUUUGUGUUGGAGGAGGAAGAAACCUGGAGGAAUCUGCCAGAGGAGGUGGAUGGAGUUGUCUGGACUUUACCAGCAAGACCCUUGUCUCAGGUGCAACGAUUCUAUGACGUCUACCUCCAGUCCAUUCUGGACUUGGGGAAACCAGUUAUUGUGUAUGGCACCAUCGGUCGUUACCAUGUGGAGGAAGAACACCAGUGGGUGGAUGAGAAGACCAGGUACAAGCAGACAGAAAGUGGCAGAGAGGAGGGGGAGAAUUUCUUACAGGAGAAGGGGGCCACUGUUCUGGUGCUGGCUGCUAUCUGGGGUGAGAGUAAGAAUGGAGAGACAAGGGGGCUUAAGGCGUGGAUUAAAAAGGGGUACAUCCAAGCUGUUGAUAAGUUCCUGAACCUAUCCCAUGUUGAUGAUAUUGUCAAGGCAACAGAAGUGGUUAUGGAACGUCCCGAGUUGAAAGGUCAAGCUAUCAACGUCUGUGACGGAAACCCCAUGCUGUGGAGGGAUAUCAUACUGGGGUUAGGUUACGAGCUUCCCCCAAUGACAAUGACAAUGACUGCCAUUUCAUCACGACCUUCCAAGCGAGUCAGCAACGAUAUGCUGCAAAGCAUCAUGGGAAAGGAUUACAAGUUCCAGCAGGUGAUGGAUCCAGUUGACCUUGCUGUUGACAAACAACGCUGAGAAGAAAAACAUAUGAUACCUGGUCUUUUAAAUCUGAUAGGAAAAAUGGUUACUUGAACACUUUUCUCUCUAUAUAUAUAGUCUCUGGCAAGCACCAAUGGGUUGCCAGAGUAUUAAAAAUUCAAUGGCCAAAUGGACUAAAGAAUAUGCCAGAGGAGUUAGCCAGUUUUUCAAAAGUAACAGAAAGUGAGGCUGAUUCUAUUUGACCAAGAUCUGAAAGCUGAUACCAAUACCUUUGUAUAAAGUGCAAUUCUAAAAAUCUUAUUUGAAGAGGGCAUUUUGAUAUGUAAUGGGGCUUUGGUUUAAUGAGUUAAAGCUACAAGUACUGAAAUCUUAUCAUGUCUGAUACUUCUGUACUGCUUUGUGGGUCAGCAGUUGAUGAACCUAUUGAUUUUCUCAUCAUGACAUCUGAAGUCUUACCAACUUGUCAAAGCACCAUGCAGUUAGUAACAGGUUUAUUGCAUCUGACAUGCAACGAAAGGAUGAACAACAAGUUCCUCAGUUUUACAACUGUACAUUCAAACAUGGUAUUCAAACUGGAUUAUCUUUCAGAGUUGAACAAAUAUAUAUCUAUCUUCUACAAAUAAUAUCUCAUACAUGUACAUCAGUCUCAAAUAUCUGCAGAUCUUUUUAGUUUCUUUGAACUUGUGUCACAGUGAUAAAGGUGUGGAUAUAUAAUCAAUUAUUGAUUUUACACCUACUUUCAUUACAUUGUCGAUUCCAGAAGUGACCAAAACAAGCUAUAUGUUAUGUCGUAGCAAAUCAUCUAGAAGGAUUCUUGUUUUAAACAUUAUUGAUUAGUGUUUUCAAAACCAAUACAAACAUGAUUGUAGACUUACAUCUCUUGUGUGGGUGCAUUACUUCUGAGAUAUACAACAUGAAUGUAUAUAUAUAGCAACAUAUCUAAUAAAAAAAUUGAUGAAGUCCAACUCUGGAUAUGAUGAUUUUGCACAUACAAAAAUAACAUCUGGGUCCAACAUACUAGCACAACACUUCCUGAUUAUUUUGUAUCAUACUUAAGAAAAAAACAUAAUAAAUUAUAUAUGACUGUGUAUCUGAUAUCCUUAAACUUGGAAUGCUGUUUGGUUGUUCAAUUUCAACAUUUGUGAUACAAGUUCCAAAAACAAGUUCAAACAGAAUGUGCAAUUUUGUCAAUAAAGUUACAUUUUUUAUAUAAAAAUGAGAUCAUUGUAACUGUCAAGGAAAAAAAAAACCCUUAGAGUUUCAUUUCCAUUCUAAAAUUCUGCAAUUGUUUCCCACCAUAUUUCAGCAUGUACAUUACAUGCUCUCAAUCUGCCAGUUUGUAUAAAAAAGAAAUUAAAAAUCCUUCUUGGAGAAAUACAGGUUUCAACAACACAGGUUUAUACUAUCUUAUAGGUAUGGGUAUGUACAAUAAUAUACAUGUUCUGGUCAAACUAAAAGCACCAAAAAAGUGGCAAAUGACUAUAAGGUAGUGUAGCCAAACCGGGUUCAUCACACAAAUGGCACUUCAUAUUCAACUUAACUCCACCCACUUCUCCUUGGCAAGCUGUCAACAUUCUUAACCAUAAGGAUUUGACAUGACAGCUAAAAGCAUAACACUGUUAUCAUAUACUAGUAUACUAGUGGACGGAUCAGGAAAGGUUGUACAUGGAGGUGAAUGUAAACAAACCAAAUCAAUAACAAUACUGUACAGCAGGCUCCGCCCCUGAAAAAUUGCCAAAAAUAUAGAAGACUGCAGCAGAAGGAAUCCCCAACCCCAAACAUUGUAUGAACGAGAAAAAAGAGCUAUUGUCUGUUCUUGGCAAGUCAGGAUUGCUGGAAUGUUGAGCAGAAUGCACCUUUCAACAGAUCUUGUCACAGGUACAACAGAACAUGUUGCAU